ACCUAUAUCGUCAAUCACACUCAACAAAACGUGUGUCAAUUGAUGUUGACCGUGCUAGCGUUCACGACUAGGUAUCUCUAUUCGUCGUAUAAGCCAUAACCAAAGCUUUGGCCGUCAUAACGACAUAACGUGAGCAGAGGUAUACCCACAGCUCGUAGAUCGUGAUGGAGAUGGAUUUCGGUAAUGGCCGCGAUAGUGGACGGUGCUGGUGGUGAUGUUCACUGAUCUCGUGUUCGUGCUACAGGUUGUUUUCGUUUGAAGUAUAACCGUAGUUUCAUUCAAUAAAAUCCUUCUAUCAAACGUCGUCGAAAUAAUAAAUGUCCGAGAUGCCACGAUUUCAUAAGAUAGAAAUCAAUAGAACGGAAUGGGAAGUUCCGGAACGUUAUCAAAUGUUAACACCAGUUGGCUCAGGAGCUUACGGCCAGGUUUGUUCAGCUGUAGAUACAACCAAUGGGCAAAAGGUUGCUAUCAAAAAAUUGGCAAGGCCGUUUCAAUCGGCAGUACAUGCCAAAAGAACAUAUCGAGAAUUACGUAUGCUGAAACAUAUGAAUCACGAAAAUGUGAUUGGCCUGCUCGAUGUAUUCCAUCCAUCCACAUCGCUUGUAGAUUUCCAGCAUGUGUAUUUAGUAACACACUUGAUGGGAGCUGAUUUGAACAAUAUUGUGAGAACUCAGAAGCUAAGCGACGACCAUGUACAAUUUUUAGUCUAUCAGAUACUUCGUGGCUUGAAAUAUAUUCAUUCUGCAGGAAUAAUUCACAGGGAUUUGAAACCGUCAAACAUUGCCGUUAACGAAGAUUGUGAGUUGAAGAUCUUGGACUUUGGUUUAGCACGGCCAACAGAGAAUGAAAUGACGGGAUACGUGGCAACCAGGUGGUACAGAGCUCCUGAAAUAAUGCUCAACUGGAUGCAUUACAAUCAAACUGUUGAUAUUUGGUCCGUUGGAUGUAUAAUGGCUGAACUACUAACUGGCAGGACACUAUUCCCAGGAACAGAUCUCGCGGUUUGCAAAGACUUGCGUAUUAUCAGUGAAGCCUUAGCAAGAGCAGAUAUUCAUCAGUUGAACCUUAUUAUGGAGAUUCUGGGGACUCCGCGAGAUGAGUUCAUGCAGAAAAUAUCAUCAGAGUCUGCUCGAAAUUAUAUACAGAGUUUACCACCGCUUAAAAAGAAGGAUUUCAAGGAAGUAUUUCGCGGAGCAAAUCCUCUGGCAAUCAACCUAUUGGAACUAAUGCUAGAGUUGGAUGCUGAAAGAAGAAUAACAGCAGAACAAGCUUUGGCACAUCCAUACCUUGCUCAAUACGCAGAUCCUACCGAUGAGCCUGUAUCUUUACCCUAUGAUCAGAGUUUCGAAGACAUGGAUCUACCUGUAGAGAAAUGGAAGGAACUAGUUUACCACGAGGUUGUGAAUUUUGUCCCACAACAGUUGCCAGCAUCAGCUGCUGAGGGGGAAUCGACAUCCUAGGAUGAAGAAUAGUUUAUCUAAGUGAAUUAAUUUUAAGGCGGCAAUCAUAGAAACUGAAUGCGUGGAACAUCUGUCGCUGUAAAUAAUCCAUAAUUAAGGUCGAAAAAAUAGUGCAGAUAAUUAUGAAACUUAUUUUUGUGUACCACUUCCCUAAAUUAUUGAUAUGAACGAAGUAUUGGAAAGUCGUUUAUAUUGAUUAUAAUGUGUGUCCAUUUCAUCUUAUUGUCACGAGUACCUUUGCUACAAUUUACCCAUGAGGGAUGAGCAUUGUUUAGGUGAUGUGAAAAGAUCUAAGAACUGAUGGUUGGUAUAUUUAUGCCAGCACAGAAAUGGAAAACCUUGACCCAUCUGUAUAUGUGAAGGGUGGUCAUAUGGGAAUGUAACAAACAUCAUUACCAAAAUAAUAUUCAACAAUUACUAUUAUUUUUUUCCCCCUUAACGAAAGACUACGCAAUAAAGUAAAUUUUUUAAGAUCAAACUAAGUUGAACGCUUUUCCUGAAGAUAUUAUUUGUUAUAUUUCUCAGAAUUUGUGUAUCAAAAUUUUGCAUAAAUCAGAACAAAACUUGAAGUCAAAGGAACUAAGAUGGUAUGGACAAAUGAAUAGAACUUGGGCAAGUGACCAGAUACAUGAAUUCAUUGAAAAUUUACAUAUAACGAAUAGAACAGCCAAAAUAAAACUUACUUCGUGAGUAAUAUUAUGCUAAAUCUGGUAAUACUUUAUCCGUGGAAUUUAGAUCAACGUUUUGAAUUUGCAAAAUAAGUGUCGUGUACAACUUACAGAUAAGCAAAGCAGACAAACCGUACAGAUACUUCACUGUAUAGUUCACUAUGGCGGAAUUUGUAGACCUAAAUACCAUGACUCGAUGUUAUAAAAAUUCACGUCUUUUAUGAAUUAAAAUGCUGGCACCUGGUGUUGGAAAAAAUGUGCUAUUUCAUAGAAAUUCAUUAUUUUUAAGAGUCAAGAACAAUCUAUCGAAGUGGCCUGAAAGGCAAUCAUACAAUACAUGUUGAUUUUCAGUUUUGUUCAUCUGUGACAUUUAUAGAGCGCUACGUGUACUAUUCUCGUUAAGGAAUAGCGCCUGACUGGUGCAAAAACAACAAAAAUAUGAUAUGACUGUGUGCGAGUGAUUUUUCAUAAUAGAAUCAAAUUAAAAUUACUUACAAUUUGUAUAGAGCAGCACUUUUGAACCAAUAACUAGCUGCACUUGUAUUAUUUCAUGUUUAACAAACUUGUUCGUUGAAAAGUAAACUAAAAUAUAUAAUAAUAUGGUUAAGGUUGCGACAAAGCUCGUAUGUAUAUACAUACAAGAUUGUACGUGUAAUGUACAAGAUAAUAUAUAAUGUAUUGGAAUUUGAUUCGGCGAAUUUGAAAUGCUAAAUAAAUCUGUUAUAUGGUUGUA